AUGGUCCUGGUUGGACGCCGGUCUGAGCCAGUUACAUCUCGCCCGUACCGAGUUAGCCCUCCAGUUGCGAAACAGGUGGACGCUAUUCUCGACCAAUACCUUACCGCGGAUCUUAUACAACACUCGACGUCUCCAUACUCGAGUCCUUUGGUUGUCAUACCCAAGAAAUCUGGUGGUGUUCGCAUUACCGUGAAUUAUCGCAAGUUGAAUAAGCUAUGUGCUCUUAGUCAGCUCCCGAUCCUUCGAGUUGAUGAAACUCUGGACAAACUGUUGAAGGGAAAUAUCUAUUCUCUCUUUGACAUAAAAUCUUCGUUCCAUCAAAUCACGGUUCAUCGUGAUACCAUCCCUCUCACGGCGUUUGUUACGUCUUCUGGGCUAUUUGAGUGGUUAAAAAUGCCGCAGGGCAGUGCUGCUGCCCCUGGAUGGUUUUUCAAGGUCGUCAACGAAGUCAUCAAAAAUCUUCGAGGUGUUGCGUCGUAUUUGGCCGAUCUCAUCGUUUUUGAUGCGACCCCAGCCGCUCAUGUAGCGACCAUUCGCUCUCUUUUUGAAAGGUUGCGUACACACAGUUUGAAACUGACCCCUCCGAAAGCUACAAUUGGCGCCACAGAAGCCGAGUUUCUUGGGCACACUAUUUCUCCGGACGGUGUUCGGCCAAAUGGUGACAAAGUUAUUGCGCUCACCAAGAUGCCGAUGCCCAAAGACACCAAGCAGCUUCGAGAAGCCGAGUUUCUUGGGCACACUAUUUCUCCGGACGGUGUUCGGCCAAAUGGUGACAAAGUUAUUGCGCUCACCAAGAUGCCGAUGCCCAAAGACACCAAGCAGCUUCGAGGUUUGCUGGGUGAUCUCGGCUAUUACCGGAAAUUUCUCCCACAGAUGGCUAAGCGUGUUCGCCCCCUUACGACUCUUCUGAAGAAGAAUGUGAAGUUUGAGUUUGCGGAUUGA